AAAAUUUAAAUUAAGUAAGAAUUGUAGACAACAAGUAUGUUGACUGCUCUACUAGCUGGAGUGCUGUGUCUCUGGGCUGUGCCUGGACUCGAGGCACAAGUUCCGUACGAGCGAAACCUGUCAAAGCUGCGGAUCAAUGAGCUUGGUAAUCUGGCCAUGCAAAUGGAGCAUUCCAUCAAUGCUGAGAAAUAUGCCUGCGAAAGCUACUUUGAUCAUGUCUGCAGUCGAAAUCGUCCGCUCUUCUCCAUAAUGGGUCACAUGCCACAAACCAGCGAUCUUAUCCAGCUGCUGACCAAGCUACAAAACGAUCCUGUUCAGUUUGAGGCGAAACAGAAGCUCAUCGAUUUCUUUAUCUCAUGCAAUACACGUAAAUCUCUGAUGGAUUGCUAUCGCGAGACAUUUGAGUAUUUCAAGCCGCUGUUUGGCUACAUCAUCACCAAGGAUCUGGUGGAGGCCAGCUCGCAUGAGCUGCAAGAUUUUCGGGAUCUAAUUCAAAGUUUCUUGGUGCGAACUCAAACGGUGUUUGACAACGAUGUGAAUCCGAUCCGCAACAAAUUGAGGACCUACAGGGAGAAGUUCGCCUCACCGGGUAUAUAUUUCUAUGCGGGUGAUCUGAAUCGUGAAUAUGCCGCCCUAAGGAUCUAUCGAGAGAGCUAUGACCAUAAUUUGCGCAAUUUGGAGCAGCAUCGGAAGCGAAACUCCAGCUAUGAGCUCGGAGUGCAGCGCACCAUGCUUGAUUGGAGCUUGUAUCUGUAUCAGAGCCAGCACAAGCCCAUGUCUUAUUACUAUCCCACCUUUACCGUCCAUCUCUACAUGACAAUGUUCAACAUCACCGAGCGUCAACGAGAUUUUACCCGGUUUCGGGAGGAUGUCGAGUGUCUCAAGUUGCCUCAGUAUGUCAAUGUGCUGAGUGAGGCCAGAAUGCUGGCGGUGAUCUAUUUAAAGAGCUUCCGACAUACAUGGCAGGAGUACAGCGACUGGAUACAAUUAUCUACCAAGCAUCGCGAGAUCUACGACCAAGAGAACGAGAUUCUUCGACAACAUCAUUUGAGCAACAAGCGGCUCUUCUUUACACUCUAUGCCCAGAACUUUUGUGAAUUUGGCAAGGAACUGGCUGAACAUGUUUUCUAUUUGGGCCUCAAGGAGAAUGCGGACUUUUUCAAUACGUACUCGUGCGGGUUUCAAACGGACACUGCCAGAGAUUGUGUUUGAAUCUAAUACGUCUAUCUGUAAAUCUAUCUAGUAUCUAGUAAAAAAUAAUGAUUAUCAGUCAUACUUGAA